AUAACAUCAGCUGUAGUUUGCAAAUGUGUGUGAAAUAAUGUUAUGACACAAAUGUAUGCGCAGAUAUAAUAGAUGAAAUAAUUUUUGUGUAAUUAUAUGAAAUGUGAUAUACGUCUAUAUCUGAUACCACAUCAUAUAUAUAGAUAUGAUAUCAUAUUUAUAUUAUCACAAUAUGUGAUAUAGAAAUUACGAUAUAAUAUUUAAAGGAUAUAAAUAAUUUAUUUUUAAAAAAUCAUGUUGUCCUUAAAUCGACAUUAUUUGACAUAUAAAUGCGUUGAUUCAAUCUUGUCAAAGAGAUUCAAGCAUCAAUUUAAUUCCAAACAUGUUUCCAAGAAAUUAUAUGAAGUACUUGGAGUAGCAGAAGAUUGCGAGGAUGAGACCUUAAGAUUAGCAUUUGUACAUCUUGCAAAACGAUUUCAUCCAGAUAGUGGGACACCAGAAGCUAAUGCUGUUAGAUUUUCCGAGAUUGAAAGCGCCUAUAGAGAAAUUCGAAAAAUUAGAAACACUCAGAAAGAUGAAAAAACAUCAGAAGUAGAGGACUUUGAUAUUAAGCACACAGCACCACAGCAUCGUCAUUAUUUGACCUAUGAUGUGGGAAUUGGCACACCUAGCAAAAGACAACGAUUGCAUACAAUACAAAGAGCUCAGAAAGCAGUUGACAAUGUAAUGGAACACAGAUUGAAUAAAUUGCAAGCCGAAGAGCGUAAUACAUUAAUUGGUAUGGACAAACAAACCAAGGAUAUUAAAACUCGUUAUGGAAUGGAUCGUUUGGUGGAGGACUUAAUUCAGGAGGCAAUGAACAAGGGUGAAUUCAGUGAUCUACCUGGAAUGGGAAAACCAUUAAAUACUACAAAUGUCAGUAAUCCUUAUGUUGAUUUUGUAACUCAUAAAUUAAAUCAGAUAUUGAUAGACAAUGGAUUUACUCCGGAAUGGAUACAAUUGUCAAAGGAAAUCAGAGAAGAAAUUGAAGAAUUGAAAAAGAGAUUAUCAGAAGUACGUAAUGACAUAGGGGAACUUCCAUUAACUCCAAAAGAUGAAUCAAUAUGGAAGAAUAAUUUGAAAAAAUUCGAAACCACAACAAAGCAGAUAAAUAUUAAAAUUGAUAAAUACAAUUUGUUGGUGCCCAUACUACAGAAACAAAUGCUUCAUAUUAAAUUAGACGAGUUUGCUAAGAAGGCAUUAUUAAUACCACCUGUAAAAAAUGUCACAAAAUAUGCAAAUACUAGUCACACAAGUUCGAAUUUAAGUAUAUCUCAGGACUUUUUUAGUUUUAUAAGCGACUUGUUUAGUAAGAAGGUUACAUAAAUAGCAGAAUGUGAUAUAAAUAUUGUAAAAUUAUUUGUAUAUAAAUAUGUUGAGCUCUUGUUUAUUUGUGGUUGUGAGAUCAACUCACGUAUAACAAUAUAUAUAUAUCAAAUAAUAGGAUUGAGAGAUUGUAUAAAAAAUAUAAUUUCUAUUUAUAAACUUCGGUAUUGUAUAAAUCUAUGUGUCCUCUAAUUAAUUCCAAUUGAGAGUACCAUCUUCUUUUAAUUUUAUACUACCAGUCGCCAGAUGCUUUAAAGCACGAGGAUAAGCUCGAUGUUCCGCUGUCUUUACGCGUUCUUGCAAAGUAUGUUCCGUAUCAUCUGGUAAUACAGGUACUGCUUCUUGUUCGAUAAUAGCUCCUGAAUCAAUCUCAACCUAAUAAAAUAUGUAUUAAAAGCGUUAAA